AUGAAAACACAAACAAAGCAGCAAGUUGUUUCAAAGCAGCAGCAGCAACAAAAGUCAACAAAGAAUACAACGGCAAUAACUACAACUUCGAAAAAGCCAAUCACAACUACACAGCCACAGAAGAAGCAACAAUCACAACAACAACAAACUAAUAAGAAUGGAAAGAGACCAAGUGAAGAUGAUUUGAAGUCAAUGUUGCAGGGUAUCAUCAGUGGAGAGUAUGACCCACCCGAGGACGAGGAAUUUGAGGACGAGGACAUCAGUGGUGAUGACGCAAUGGACUUUGACGACGAUGGAGAAGAGGAGGAGAACCAAGGCGUCGACGAUAUCGAGGACGACGACGAGGAGGAGGAGCUCGAGGAUGGUGAUGAUGAGGAGCUUGAGGAACUCGAUGACGGCGACGAGGAUGAGGAGGAGUAUGAGGGUGACGUGGAAGACGAGGCUCAGAUGAUGGAGGAGGAGAUCGAUGACCUUGUACAUGAUGUCUACGACGAUGAUGAUGAAGAAGAGGAGGAAGAGGAAGAGGAGGAGGAAUAUGACGAUGAGGAGGUCGACGCCCCAAUGGCCAUCCCAACCAAGAAGUUGUCAAAGGAGCUCAAUCUCACUGGCAAGUCAUUCCAAGGUGUGGCCAGCGUCAAGGAGAUCUUGGAACAACAGAGACUCGCAGGCAAGCAGAAGCCAGCCCCAAUGAUCAGAGAGCUCACCGAAGAGGACAACGUGCCAAUCGAGACAUCAGACCUCAGCGAGGAUGAGGAGGACGAGGACGAGCAGGACGAACAAGACGAGGAGGACGAGCAGGCCAAGCAACAAUUGGCACAAAAGAAGAUGAUCCACGAUAAAUACGCCAUAAACGACAGAGCUGGACUCACCCAAAAGUUACAAGAGUUCCGUCUGAUGGUCGGAGGAAAGGUACCCUGGGUGCACACCCUCGCCGUCACCGCCAAGAAGCCACUCGAUUGCCAGAACAUCCAUGACGACUUUGCUCGUGAGAUGUCAUUCUAUAAACAUACUAUGGACUCUGUUUUACUUUGUGAGAAGUUGUGCAAGGAUAACAAGUUGCCAGUGGAGAGGAAGCCAGAUUACUUUGCCGAGAUGGUCAAGUCUGAUCAACAGAUGUACAAGAUCAAGGCCAAGCUGACAGAGGACAGGAAGCGCAUUGAGAAGGCCGAUAUCAUUCGUCAGAAGCGUCAGACCAAGAAGUUUGGCAAGCAGAUCCAAGUCCAAAAGGCACAAGAUCGUCAAAAGGAGAAGACACAACAGCUCGAUGCAGUCAAGAACUGGAGAAAGAACCGUGAGAAGGGUAAUGUCUCUGAUGACUUCUCUAUUGAUCUUAUUGAGAAGAAGGAGGAGGAUGAUAAGAGGAAGAGAAGUGGCAGUGUUGGUGGCGAUAAUAAGAGAAAGAGAGAUACAUUGCCAACAAAGGGAGCGAAGCGCACAGCAAAGGAUGAGAAGUAUGGCUUUGGUGGCAAGAAGAGACACGCCAAGUCCAACACCAGAGAGUCAACAAACAACACCAAAGCAUUCAAUCCAAAGAAGAACAACGAGGAUGUCAAGAAGGCCUUUGCCGCAAAGAAGAGGGCUGCCUCUGCCUCCAGACCAGGCAAGAACAAGCGUGUCAAGAGACAUUAA